AUGUUUCUGAGCAAGUCUCUCUUACUGGCAUGUGCCAUUAUACCAGCAGCCACAGCGCUUCCAUUCAAAGCAGCGGUCGCUGAGAGCUCUCUUGUUACUAGGUGGGAUGAGGUAGUCAACGAACCCCCAGUUAUCGCUAAGCGGGAGGACUUUGUAAACGAACCUCCGGUCAUUGCUAAAAGGGAGGACAUAAUCAAUGAGCCCCCGAGUAUCGCUAAGAAGGAUGAUGUGGUCAACGAACCCCCAAACAUCGCCUAGCUGGAUGCUGUUACUAAGAGUUUGGUUUGAUCUGGUGAAGGGGAUUUGUUACGGCGGACAUAAGCAGGGAUUGUAGGG